AUGAUCUUCAUAAUCUUCUACCAUCGAGAGCAAACCAACCAAAGUACAGAAGUCACAGUAUUACCUUCAAUAACAACAUCUUCGACAACAUUGUCUCCAAUUGAGCAAAAACCCUACAUCCAAAAGUCGAAAAACAUCAAGUACGUCAAUAAAUUCAACCUGAAACAGCAGGAAGCAAUUGUCUCAACGACUCCCGUCGAUCCAGGUUAUUGGGAGUGCCCGCUCGUGAAUCAAACCAAAAAUUUAGAGUGUGGAUGCGACUUGAAAUAUACGUUGCGUUGUAGCGGAGACAUUCGUAGCUUAGAUUUGAUAGCACAGAGUUUGAGAGAAGCCAAAUUCGCUGUUUCUCUUCUCGAUUGCACCUUGAAAAAUGUCACAAUUUUAAGCGAGGCACGUGUUUUCGAGAAUAUAUCGUUACACGGUUUGGUAAUUUCAUCCGGCGAGAUCAAGAGACUUCACAGAACGAUCUUUGCUGGCAUGAAAUCUCCCGGAUUAUAUGAAUUAGGAUUGCCAAAUAAUGCAUUGACUGUCGUUCCAUCGACAUCUUUGCAAGUUUUAAGUAAUUUGGAUCGACUGGAUUUGUCGAAUAAUAAAAUUAAGGCGUUGAUUUCAUCGGAUUUCAGUAACUUACAACAAUUAACGUAUCUCGAUUUGACGGAAAAUUUGAUAUCCAGUAUUGCUGCGAGAACAUUUUCGCCUUUACAGAAGUUAACAAUACUGAAAUUGGCAAAUAACAGACUUGGCGAUGUUGUUUCAAGCAUUCAAACUGUCAGCAAGUGUUCAAAUUUGAGGGAACUUGACUUGCGUGGAAAUAACAUUCGGGGACCUUUGGAUGCUUCAAUUUUGCCGUCUUUGAAAAAUUUGCGAACUCUCAACUUGGAUCGAAACGUUAUUGGCUCGAUAAAAACAGCAACAUUCAGUAAUUUUUCAUCGCUCGUCUUAUUAUCGCUUCGUCAAUGUCAAAUUGAUGUUUUGGAAGAUCGUGCCUUCGAUGGAUUGAAUUCCUUGCAAGAGUUGGAUUUGGGUUAUAAUGGAAUUGUAUCGAUUUCAUCACUCAUAAACUUACCAAAACUCGUCGUUCUUAAUUUAAAACACAAUUUCCUGCGAGCUGUGUCAGCUGAUAUGAUUUCUCCCUUAUCGCUUAUUCAACAAUUAGAUUUGUCGGAUAAUGAUAUCACCACUGUGCAUCCGAAUGCAUUGCGAAAUGUGACGACAUUAAAGAAUUUAUCACUUUUGAAUAAUCCGCUUGAUUGCGAUUGUAAUCUCCGUAAUUUACGAGAGUUUUCAACGCCAACGAAGAUACUUUAUGGAGCUGUUUGUCAAACACCGCCGCGUUUGGAAGGAGCUCCAUUGUUGCAAAUCCCGCCGGAAGCAUUAACGUGCGAUAAUCAAGGAAUUCCUGAUACUUCGAGUUCGAUAACGAACCAAAUGAACAACACUUUUUUGAAUUACAAUCAAAAUUUUGGAAUGAUCGAAGAUGCGAGUGACGAAAUAAAAUUGGAAGAAGUACAUUUGAGUAUCGAUUACGGACUUUUGAUGAUAUGGUAUAUCGCAAAUCCCUUAAAAGGAUAUAAAUGUAACACAUUAUUCGUGUUCGAAGACAUCGAAGGACGAAAUGUUGUGAGAAACUCCUCUCCCGUAAAUUGUGAAAACAGUCGUUCGAACCGUGCAAACUCCUUUACUAUCCUGAUUCCUGAUGGAUUUGACUUCAAUCGAGGCGAAUUGUACAAAUUUUGUUUGACUUUGAGUACUGCGAACAGCAAUUUCAAUGAUAAUGUAAAUAACGAACUCUUAUUUGGCUGUUCUGACUUCAUUGAUGUAACGAAAGAUGUCAAAGUAGCUCAUAAUACGAUCAAUAAAAGUACGAAACCAUUGCCGGAGAAACUUCCAUUGGAAUCAAAUGUCUCAAAUAGCACCGAUAUAUCGACUUUUGAUAAAAUUUCCGAAAAUCCAGAACCAAAACCGAUUCAAGCGCCGAGAAAUGACAUUCCCGAUAACGAUGAAGAUGAGGAGGAAAUUGAAGAAAUUAUUGAUGAUGACCUGAAAACACGUCGUCGCGUGUUAAUAGCUCUCGGGGCAACAAUUCUUAUUGCGAGCGUGUGUAUUUUUAUUGUUGCUGUAUUUAAAAUAUAUGCACAAAAGCGUCGAAGACACAUAAGUGCGGAUAUUUGUCACUCCAUUGAUAGCGAAUAUGUGAAACUCGAAACAACCACAACGUUAUGAAAUUACAUUUUUUGUAUUUAUUUGCACAAUUGUUCAAGUUUUGUGUGUUUAAGAGAGCAAAUUUUCUAGUUUAUGAACGUUGGGGAGAAGAAAUGAUAAGAAACUUUCAAAUCCCAAGCGUUUUAUAUUUUGUUUUGUUUUAAAUUUUCAUUUUUUUUAUUUGUGAACUGUGAUAAUAUAUUUAUAAAUGUAAAAGAAUUUUUAUAGUAGAUUUACGAAACUAACAGAAAUUGUAAGAAAAAAGACGUCGAAAUUCAAAGCUUAGACUAACCAAAAUAAAAUCUCAAGAC